CCGACCUCCCGCUGCUCCCGACGCUUCUCCACCUCGCUCUCCCCUCAACCCCCCAACACCACUCACCAACCCCGAACCCCCCGGUCCCGGCGGCGGCACGACUGCAGAAGCUUCCCAAAUCCUCUCCUCUCCUCUGCCCCCCUCCCCUCUCGCGCCUCCCACCUCUCUCCAGCCGGUUCCCCGCGCCUCGCCUCGCCUCGCCGCGCUUUGCCUUUGCGCAGGGCGCACUCCCGGCCCGGUAUAUUAUAUAACCCGCCGGCUCCGGUGAGAUUCGACCCAAGUCGAUGGGGCUCGAGAUGGAGGUCAUGUCUGAGGCUGCUGCUCCUACGACGGCUGUUGUGCCUGCGGCGGCGGCGAGGGAGCCGGGGGUGGAUGUGGAUAUUUACCCGCUCACACGCUACUACUUCGGCGCCAGGGACGCCGCCGCCGCCGUGCCCCGCGGCCUGGAGACCGCCGCUGACCGCGCGCUACGGCUCAAGGCAAACUUCGCGGCGCGCGGGCUCCGCACCAGCGUCCAUGGCGUCCUCCUGGUGGAGCUGUUCGAUCACCCGCACCUGCUGCUGCUGCAGGUCCGGAACUCCUCCUUUCUGCUCCCCGGAGGCCGCCUCAGGCCUGGCGAGGAAGAGGUCCAAGGCCUCAAGCGCAAACUCUCCAGCAAGCUCUCCUUUGUCGAUGCAGAUGAUGAUCAGACCAUUGAAGAAGAGGAUGACUGGCAGAUUGGAGAGUGCAUCGGGAUGUGGUGGAGAUCUGAAUUUGAGGCCAUCCCAUUUCCAUACAUGCCUCCAAGCUUCCGUGCACCGAAGGAAUGCAUCAAGCUGUUCCUGGUCAGGCUGCCGAUGUCUCGGCAGUUCAUCGUGCCCAGGAACAUGAAGCUCCUGGCCGUGCCUUUGUCCCAGGUUCAUGGCAAUGCUCAGGUUUACGGUCCAAUUAUAUCUGGCAUUCCGAAUCUACUGUCCAAGUUCUCCUUCAACGUCAUCAGUGACUGAAAUAUGGGAACCGGAAUCUGAGGGUUUAGUAGACAGACGUGCAUAUUUGGCUAAUCGUAGUCAUAGAGCAGUAUGCGAUACCGAUGGAAGCAUGUAUCGAUUGAGAAGUAGCUUAUCCGUACUGUGUGUUUGUAUAGCGUAUCCCCCCACCCCCUCGCUGAUACAUUGAGAUGUACUGUGUGUAUUUCUUGCGACAUGUGUUCGACCGUGAGAGGAUGAUUCGGUUCUGUACAAUAUCUCAAGUAGUUAUGCUGCUCGCCGACCGCUUGUCCCUUAUGUUGUGUAUACCUUUCUAAAAUUUGUAUGGCUUGUAAGCCUUGUACAUUGAUAUGUAUUGUACAGUGUUUCUACUGUUUCUUU